AUGGAAGCCCUUACUCAGCCUUUCUCUUACCUGUACAUUGUGCAACUGAAAUCGCUUGCUCCUUUCAAGAUCGUCGUUAUAGAUACAAGUGACAGGACCUCCAUCCUCGAGGCAACUCGUCAACUGGAGGGACAAGCGAUCGACAUGCUCAUCAACAACGCCGGUAUUGGUAUCCCCAGCAAUUUCGAGACUCGCACGAAGGACGUGCUCAUUAACCAGUUCGAAGUGAAUGCCGCCGGGCUAUCCGUCGUUACGCGUCCGUUGCUGCCCAAUUUGCAGCUUUCAUCGAAAACCAACGGCGGCGCCUCCGUUGUGCAGCUCUCGUCAAACCUCGGAACGCUUAUCAUGGUCACUCGGUCUCUAGCGUUCGACCUGCAGCCAAGCGGCAUCGUUAUCGUGUUGGUGCACCCUGGAUACAUGGACACCGAUGUGACCCAGGGAAAGACCACGCUGAAGCCCGAGGACAGCGUGAUGGUCAUGGCCAGUAUAGCUAAACCGUGA